AGCGCCUCGGAGAACUUGAGACGGGAGCACGUGGGGGCCAUGGCCCCGCGGCGCCUCCUGUUGGUUGGGGAGGGGAAUUUCUCUUUUGCCGUCGCUCUGAGUGAGACCCUGGAUCCAAACACCAGUCUAACCGCCACCUGUCCCCAGCGCCCAGCGGACCUGGCCCAGGAUCUGGUGGCCCAAGAGAACCUACAGCGCCUGCGCGAGCGAGGUAACGAGGUACGCUUCGGUGUGGACUGCACCCACCUGGCAGAUGCCUUUGAACCGCAAGACAGAGAAUUUGAUCUAAUUUAUUUUAACUUUCCGCACUGUGGGCGCAAAGCUGGAGUAGCUAAGAACAGGGAACUGCUUGCCAAGUUUUUCCGGAGCUGUGCAGAUGUUCUUGCAGAGGACGGAGAAAUCCAUGUGGCAUUAUGUAGAGGACAAGGUGGGACUCCUGCUGAUAAGCCAAUGAGAGAAUGGCACAACAGUUGGCAAGUGGUUGCUAUGGCUGCUCUGGGGGGUUUCAUUUUAAGUGAUGUGCAUCCCUUCAGCUGUGAGGCUGUGCCAGGGUACAAGUGCACUGGAUAUAGGAGUCAAGAUAAGUCCUUUCACAUAGAAGGUGCCUUGAACCAUAUCUUCACCCGGAGCUUACCCUUUGAAAGUUUGCAACCAAGAAUCUGUAGGAUCAAACUGGGUGACCAGUUUUUUUCUUUUCUGGAACCAGAAGUACUUGUAGGAAAACUGAACAGGGGCUUCCUAGAAGCACCUUCAUGUCAUCCUAUCAAGACCAUAAAUGAGAAACUCCUUGCUGAAUUUGGGAAAGCUUUUCCUCUAAAAAGGCUGAAGUGUUCUUCCCCUUUGCUGCCACAAGGAGACGCCAGUGUUCUCACAUUCCACAACCCUGACAUCCUAUCAACUGCCUUUUGGGUUAGUCUCCAUGAAGAUAACUCAAACUUUGAGUCCCUGACUAGUGGGACAACACAAGACAUGGAGGACUUUGUAGUGUCAUUUUCAGAACUCAGCCUUCCCAAGAGCCCUAGAAGAGACAGGAAGGAAGAAGCUCAUGGAGGAACGUAUGGCCAGGCCAAGGUCUGCCUCAGACCUUCUCUUCUGGUUCACAUCCAGGCUGUAAUCCAAGCACCAGACUUUCUCCCUGGCUCUCUGCACAUCCUCAGUGGACCUGUCUUUCAGAGGUGCUGCAUCUCACCUUUCACAAUGCCAGCAUUUCACGAGACUUUGUAUAUCCUUGGAUUUAAUAAAAAUCUGAAGGACAGCUGUCUUCAAUCACUACUGGAUCAUCUGAAGGGCAUUCUAGACAACCUUCUGACCCAGACAUGGCUGGAGGGCUCUGAGCUGAGCAGUUCAGUGGAAUUUGUCUUUCAGCCAACUGGGGAAAGAUAUAUGAUUACUGUGAAGUCUCAAAAUUUUGGCCCAGAUUGUGUUAAGGACCUGAUUAUUGGGUUUGUUACCACAUCUGCUACAAGUGUGAUACACAAAGACCAGUGUUUUGUGUGUGUGUCUAUGAACUUGGACCUCUUAGCUAUGCUUGUCUGGGGUAUCUCCGAUUGGAGGAUGCUGUGGACCUCUGAUAGUCGUUUCCUGAAGAAUUUUGCCCCUGGAAAAAUAGAACCCUUUAAAAGCUAUUCCCUGUAUCCUCCAUACUAUGUGCAUGAUAUUAGUUUUUGGUUAGAUGAAAAGAAAAGAUUUGAUGAAGUUGAGUUUCACACUCUGGCUCGAGCAGUGUCCCAGGACACCAUUAUAUCCAUACAAUUCCUUAGUCGUUUUCAGCAUCCAAAGACUGAACAGGUCAGCCUCUGCUAUAGACUGACCUACCAAGCCUGUGACAAGGCCCUGACCCAGCAACAGGUAGCAUCAAUGCAGUCCCAGCUUAGGAAGGAGAUUCAACAACGACUCCAUGUGACACCUCGGUAGUUUUAGUAAACUCAUCUCUCCAUAGUGAUCCUUGUGGGUGUGGGUGGAAAAAGACCAACUUGUACGCUAUAGUUCUUUCUGGACUUUUUGUUUGUCUUGUAAAAAUCUUCUACUUUGUAAAAGAUUGGUUAAUUGAGGGGCUUCCCCGGUGGUCCAGUGGUUAAGAAUCCACCUCACAGAGCAGGGGACAAGGGUUUAAUCCCUGGUCGGAGAACAGAGAUCCCACCUGACUCAGAGCAACUAAGCCCUCACGCUGUGACUACUGAGCUUUCACUCCAGAGCCUGUGUGCCAGAACUAGGGUCUGAGCGCUACAAGGAAACAGCCCACGUGAUGCGGUGAAGAUCCUGAGUGCCGCAACUAAGACCCGAUGUGGCCAAAUAAAACUUUAAAAAUGUAAAGAUUGGUUGUUUGGCUCAAAAGAUACCUGUGGCUCAGUCGCUGAGACUAUAAUGUGAUUGGUGACCUUUGGAGGUAUACAACAUUUUGAUCAUGAGUAAUGACAGGGAAACAAAACAGCAUCUUAAACACUAGAUUCUAUCAUUCUGAAGAGACAGUAAAACUUCAGUGUCUCCUCAAAUAUAUUUAUAAGUAUCUUUUAUGCAAUGUCAAUUCCUCUUCCUUAACUCUACCAUAUCAUCUCUCUAAGAAUCAACUGAGAGUGGUUUUUAAAGUUAGACCAUUUAUUAGCUUGGAUAAAUUGCAGGUGCUUCAUAUUAUUUUUGGUAUCAUCAUCAUGUUUAUUCUGUGGUUGACUGCUGUUAAAGUCAUGGAACUAAAUAAGUGUCAGAUUUAGAGUUCACAUUUGGGUCUGUCUGACUCUAAAGCCCAUGUUCUUUCUGCCACUUUCUGUUACUUUACUUUUCUUUCCUUGGGUUUCAACAGUAAUCUCUCAACUGUGAUUAACUCUAAACUUUGCUCCCCUAGAUUUUGGGGCUUUCUGUUGUAUCUCUAAAGGACAUUGGGAAAUUGGCCCAGCCCAGGACUCUGCAGAAUGGGGUGCCCUAAUGUGAAUUAAUGUGUGCUCCUGUUAAUACCUAGGCUCUGCUGAUUGGAAUUAUAGUGUAAAUUCUGUGAAGG